AUGGAUCUCACCGACUUGCACCCGCCUGAUGACUACAGCCACAGAUUCUUCAUCUGGCAUGAAUGGAUACAGGCGCAUGGUCCCCUCACGAACGAGAAUGUAUUUGAUUACUUCGCGACAUCUAUGUUUUACGACAAACAGAGCAACAACCAAGUGUUGCGCAUGCAGACAAUGCAUACUGGGGUACCACUGGAGAAUGAGGCCGAGGAACUGAGACGAUUUACGGGCAUUGAGUUUGCCGUCGUACACGCACAACCUCCGUCCCUCUUCAUCAUUCACAAACGAGAACGCUUGUCACCAGAUGAAGUGCGACCACUAGCGGCAUACUUCAUUAUGAACAACCGCAUAUACCAAUCCCCUGACGUCUACACCCUUAUUUCCAACCGCCUUCUCACGUCCCUUCACGCGUUACAAAGUUCAAUGACUACCUUGCGCACGCACAGGCCCGCGUACACGCCACGCACGGGCUUCGCGUGGCCGAUCGUCGAGCCCGCCGCUCCGGAUGACGCGUCCAAAGCGCGUGAUGGUGCUGACGAGCCCCCCGAGAGCAAUGCGACAGAGACGGCAUCGACGACGGAGGACCAGGCGCUCGCGGAGCCCUCAGCAAAGCGCAAGCUCCCUGCCCACGAACGACAGCAGAAUAACCUCUUACUGUUCAACGCGAUGCGCACGACGGCCGUGCACGCGAGCAAGUCCUUCACGUUGCCCGCUGCGGCUGCGGAAGACAUUGUGCCAGACACGCCGGGUCUGCGGUCACAGCCACGGUCGUCCGCCACCCCGGCGCCCGCACCAACACGCGCCGCGACGCCCAAGAUGGGGCCAACGCCGCAAGAACAGCCUCCGGUGAAAGGUCCCCCGGGAGGGGGUAAGAAGAAGAAAAAGAGAAUCGCGACAAUGAUGAACGUAACGUCCUAA